ACGGCCCCGCGCCCCGGACGUCGCCACUUCGUGUUCAGUCUAUCUGCCGCACGCAACCUUGCGCUUGCACGUGUUCGAAUGUUCUCCUGCGACAGUAAAAUUUCUUUUAUAAUUUGUCCACUUGAUAACCCAGUAGCUUACAUUGCAUCACAAAUUAAGUUUUCAUAACUCCGGGAAUUGCUUUUGACAGACAAGUCCUGGAAACAAGAAAUCAUGAUCACAAUAUUAGGAAAAAGAUCUGUUGCAUCCUGUGUGAGGGUUUGGAGGUCAUCAUGUGUUGUAUCUUUAAAUGAUCCCAAUUUGCGACAAGCUUCCAACGCAGCAGCAGCAGAUGUGAAAGAUGAGAAGAGCCUUGAAGGAAGAGCUCUAUAUCUGGAUGCUCAGUCUACAACACCACUGGAUCCAAGAGUUAUGGAUGCCAUGAUGCCAUACUCUGUGGCUUACUAUGGCAAUCCUCAUUCUCGCACACAUUCAUAUGGAUGGGAAUCAGAAGGAGCCGUGGAACAUGCAAGAAAGCAAGUUGCCAAUUUGAUAGGGGCUGAUGCCAGAGAGAUCAUCUUCACCAGCGGAGCCACAGAAUCAAAUAACAUAUCUGUAAAGGGAACUGCCAGAUUUUACAAGUCUAAAAAGAAGCAUGUCAUCACUACCCAAACAGAGCACAAAUGUGUUUUAGAUUCUUGCCGAGCGUUAGAAGGAGAGGGAUUUGAUAUCACAUAUCUUCCAGUGAAACCAAAUGGAAUGAUUGAUCUUCAGGAACUUGAAGAUUCAUUCAGACCAGACACAGUUCUGUGCUCAGUCAUGGCAGUCAACAAUGAGAUUGGUGUAAAACAACCCCUCAAACAAAUUGGUGAGAUGUGCAGAUCAAGGAAAGUGUUCUUUCACACUGAUGCUGCACAGGCUGUAGGAAAGGUCCCAGUGGAUGUCAACGACAUGAAGAUUGACCUCAUGUCAAUCAGCGGCCAUAAGAUCUACGGUCCAAAGGGUAUUGGAGCAUUGUAUGUGAGGAGGAGACCAAGGGUGCGAGUUGAGGCGUUACAGAGUGGUGGAGGUCAGGAGAGGGGUAUGAGGAGUGGUACCUUACCUGCACCCCUUGUGGUUGGUCUAGGAGCUGCAUGCCAAGUCUCACAGGAAGAAAUGGAGUAUGAUCACAAGCGGAUCAGUGCCCUCUCUGAGAGGCUCAUCAAUAAGAUCACCGGUGAACUGCCAGACGUCAUCCGCAAUGGUGACCCCAAUGAGACCUACCCUGGCUGUGUCAAUCUAUCGUUUGCCUAUGUGGAAGGAGAGAGUCUUCUGAUGGCGCUUAAGGAUGUUGCCCUGUCCUCUGGGAGUGCCUGUACGUCAGCAUCCCUGGAGCCCUCCUACGUCCUCAGAGCGAUCGGAGCUCAGGAGGAUCUGGCCCAUUCUUCCAUCAGAUUUGGUAUUAGUCGAUUCACAACAGAGGAAGAAGUGGAUUACACUGCUCAGAAGUGCAUUACUGAAGUCAAACAACUCAGAGAAAUGAGUCCUUUGUGGGAGAUGGUGCAAGAAGGAAUAGACCUCAGCAAAAUCAAGUGGACUCAACAUUGAGGAGACCUCUUCAAAAAGUUAUGAUAAAGCAUUUUGGCUGAUCCAAGCAGACCCCUUGUUGAGUUGAAACUUCAAUGUUGUAAGAUCUGUAACAGAAGAGCGAAUCCUUAAAAUGGCAACAUGGUGUUAUUCCAAGAAAGGUGUUAUUAUAGCUGUCUUACUUCAAUCAUAUGAAAAUUAUAACUACCACUGCAAUACAUAGAACAUGAAACAAGAUCACACUAAUGAAUACUCCAAACUGGUUUUUUCGAGUCAUCCAUGAUGGCCCAAAUUGUCUAUAAAAGUGUGAAUGUUGGUGAGGUUUAUAUCUAUGAAAACCUCAUUCAGAUGAUAUCUGACAAGAGUCGGCAUUAAAGUAAAACAGUCUUAAGGUUUGUGUGCUUGUGGAUGCCUACUAUGUACUUCAGGUCUCACAGAAUUUUCACCGGUUUUGCAGACAAACUCAUGACAUCAUGAUGUCAUAAUGCUCUAAUGGGUCGUGUUGUACAUCAUCAUGGGUUUGUGAAGUUAUGGACAACCUUGUCUAGCACUAUUAAUUUUUUCAAUGCUUUGAUCAGGCACAUUUAAAAAGAAUCUAGGCAGCAGAAAAUCACAUGCCUCAGCAAUAUUAUUUUGUUGUAUUAUAUCCCAUUGACUGUAUGUACAAAAUGUUACCAAGCUCUUUGGAAUCAUGCCUUAUAGGGAGAGCGAAAUGACUAACAUGUGGUCCCUAAUUAACCAUGUAUUACAAAUAGCUUGUCUUAAAAUAUUUAAGACUCUGAAUAAAUAAGCCUUUAAUUUUACUUGCUUAGGGAAAAUGCUUCAAUGGGAAAAGUGCUUGUUUAGCUACUUGGUAGCAUAAUUAUUGCACUCUAAGUAGUGAAUAGUGGGUUACAAUUUACUAUGGUCUAUAUUAAAAGACUAUAUUGCUCAGCAUGUUGUGACGUGGAUAAGGAAAUUGACCAGGGGCCCGUAACACAAAACAUAGCAAUGAUUGUAGAACAUUUUUUCUACGAUUGAUUCCAUAGACUACAAUGUACAAUCAAUCGUGAAGAUCAAGCGUACGAUCAAUUGCUAACCUGUGUUACGGGACGCAGAUUAGAGUAGUUGGUAGAGGCUUUUACAGUCUGACUGAUGCUUAGUUGAAAUUCAAAGAUUUCUUGUAUCAUAACUACAUGAUAAUAGUUUCUUUAAAAAGUUGAAUGGAACUAUCAAAUUAUAUAUUUCUCAUGAUUCUAGACUGUACAAUAUUGUUAUCAUUGCAUUUUACUAAUUGAUGAUGUUUUUACGGUAUACUUUAUAAGCUUAUAAUAUAUAUUAUGCAUUGACUUGUCUUAAUCAACCUAGAUAAUUGAACAUGAGUUGUACUAUUUACAAAUUUUGGAUUAGAUGUACAUGUAUGUGUUGAAAUGCUCAUGUACAGGUCUCAAAAUUUGUCCACAAUGAGUGACUUGUAAACCACCAUUAAGGAGGUUAUCUCAAUGAGCGGCGAAUGCUUACGAAUGUAGCCAACAUCACAUUCUCCAACUUCUGUGACGAGUGUUGCAAGCUCUAACAAAUAUUUAUUUGUGAUAUCGAAAUCAGUUUGCGAACUGCUCAAAACGGAAAACAAAGGUUUGCAAACAUUCAUCCACAAUUUUAUCAGUGGAUCAAUAUUAUACAGUCAGGAGCCAUGUUGUCAUGUUGUUUUCAUUGGUGAAUAAAACAGAAAUUUGGCGACAUCAUCGUAUAACCGUUUGCAAAGGCUUACGACUGUUUUGCAAACUAAUCCUUCUGUUCGUGGAAAAAUAUAUUUGAAAUUUUGAACAUGUUCAAAAUUUCUUUGCUUCAAGAAAUACUGUUUGCAACAAUGAAAACUGUGUAAGAACUUUUUUGCAAACCUUUUGCAACUUAGAUAACUGAAAAGUUCAUCUGAUUGAUACAUACACAUGAGAUAAAUGUUCUUUAUCACACAAUCACAACAAAAUACCUGUAUUUUCUUCGUUGUGCUUGACCAGCAAUAGCACUGGCUGCGACAAAGGUCUGAUGAAACGUGCAGCCUAGCAAGCGAAAGCUUAUCAAAAACGGGUAAAUUUUUGUGAUUGUGUACCAAAGAAUUAUGUUCUCACGUCUUUUGCAACCUUUUAAGAGCCUAGACAAAAUCUCAAAUUUGCUAUGUUUGCAAGCAUUCACCGCACAGUGAGAUACCCCCUUUACAGACUUGACUUUAACAGCAUUGCCCAGGAUACCAUCGAUAUCUCAAUGUGUUUUACCAUGAUUAGCUUUUCUUUGAUUUCUUUGAUUUUUUUAAUUUUACAAUAAUUGUCUCCUGAUAUUGAAUCCCUCAGAUUCUCAGCAUAUGUGAUAAAAAUGAAUUAUCUGAUAGCAUGGGAAUAUCCAUUUCAUUAGCUCCAAAGAUAAUAUGAAAAUAUGACAUACAGGGUAUAAAUUAACCUUUUCCAUCAAGAAAACGAGAAUGGAAGGGGUUGCCUGCCAAGUAUUGAAGUACUUGUCGGUAAAUGAAAAAUCGUUGAGAAGAAAAAAAAGACAGUGAAUUUCCCUCAUGUAAGAGAUAAUGAUGAGUGAUAUGAAUCCGAAUGAAGAGCAAUACAACCAAAACUUUGAUGACUAUAAUGAUGAUGUAAAUGGUGUUAAAACUACAUGAUAACAGUUUGUAAAUAGUUGUACAAUAAUGGAUCACAGUGUAUACAAAAAAUAUAUUCCUUUUUGAAAAUAAGAUGAAUGCCAGGUGAAAUAUGAAGGAUGCAACAUUAUGUAAUCAUGUAUUUUGAUGAAUUAUAUUCAUGUAUAUAUCCAUCGUUAAUUGAUAGUUUGUUAAGACCUUUAUCUCGAAAUUUAAUGAUAUUGAAAAUGGCUUAGAGAAAAGCCUUUUGGGGGGAAUUAUGGCAAAGGUGGCAUCAUCACAUGGUCUGAAUACAUUCUCCCGAUUUGUUUAGAUAAAUCUUUGUAUGCAGAUAAAAGCUGCCACUCAAAAUAUAGCUUGGUUUUUAAUUUUGAGAUAUAAAGUUUAACAACCCGCUGAUGACAUCCUUUCUCAGUGAUCUAUGUUGUCACUUAUCAACAUGAAUUACCAGUGAGAAUUAAAAAUGAGAAACGAGAAAAUAUUUGCAAGAUAUAUGCCUGUCAUAUGCACAAAUAAAUGAAUAAAAGAGUUAUUUAUCAA